CUAUGUACAUUACACACGCCAGAAAAGAGAAAAAUAAAGGAUAAAUAAUAAAAUCAUUGUAUUUUAGGUUACUUUCCAUUUAUAAAAUAUUUCAUUAAAUUUGUUGUAAGAAAUGAAUUAAAAUUAUAUUAAUUAUUAUUUAGACGUCCUAAGUACACUAAGAGAUACUUUUGAUCUGUGAGGUAACCUUACUUUUGUAUCAAUAAUUUGGAUUUCUAAUUAAAUAAUACAUUUAAACUAACAAGAAAAUGUCAGAUGACGGAAUAACUAGUGCAAAAUUCAGAAUACUAGAAAUCUUCUCUGACCUGGACGUUACAGACUUGGCAUCAAUAGAAAAGUGGAUAUGUUCACAAUCAUAUAAAAAAGAUUUAAAAAAUAAAAGGGCACUUCAAAAUUCAGAAAAGUUGUUAAAAAAGAUAGGGGACUCCUUAAAGAAAUUAGUGCCAUUUGAAGCAGAAAUGCCAACUGAAACUAUUAUACCACCUGUUGUUGGUGAUCAGGCUGAUUGUAAUAAACAUAACACUUACCAUAUUGAUGAGUUUCUUUAUGAUGAAGACCAGGUUGAGGUGUUGGUUAAAAAAGGAAAAGUUAAAAGAAACUACUGCUUAGAUUGCAACUCUCAUAAUAUUGAGAAAUUAACAUUUAUAUCACACUCUAUGUCUCGACAAGCAUUACAAUACAUAUUUAAAGUUUUACUUCCUAAAGACCUAGAAAGCAAAGAAUUAUUGGAUGUUGGCUCUCGAUUAGGAGCUGUUUUAUAUGGAGCUUAUUAUUUGUCCAAUGCAUCGAAAAUUGUGGGUGUUGAAAUAAAUAAGGAAUGCUGCGAAGUUCAAAAUAUAAUAAUAAAUCAAUACUCGAUGGAUGUUAAUAGAAUAAAAAUAAUUCAUUCGGAUGUAAUGGAAAUAACUGACAUUGUUGAAUGUACAGACAUUUUUAUAAUUAAUGUUUUAGAUUUUUUUGUUGAUGUAGAGAAGCAUAAAAAAAUGUGGUAUUUUUUUAAAAAGCAUAUUAAAAAUGGUAGUUAUUUAGUAACUAAUAGAAGCAUGGCUGAAACCUUAAGUGGUUUAGAAAUAUUUGAAGAAUUUAUGGACUGGUUAACAAUUUGCAAGCCCUAUCAGUUAGAAAAUGAAAUAUAUUUUGAUGUGGAAGAUCAGAGCGAACUAUAUUUAUAUGCAAUAAAUAAGAAAUAAAAACAAAUUCAUA